AUGUUCAUCGUCAUAUUUAUACGCAGAUUCUUUGCUUGGUUUCAUCUUCUUCCCUCAUGCCAAAGCUUCCUUUCCCUUCCUUCAUGAUACUAUCUAUCUUCGACUUCUUUCAUAUCCAACCAUCAAUAAAUUUUCAUUCGGUUAAAAUGAAUGAAAAUCACCUUCUCCAAUCUGAUUAUAUCGGUUUACAUUCAUGAAAUUCUUUGCAAACAUGAUUGAGACGUGGUUCAGAAGAAGUUUUUACUCGAAAUGCCAUUCAAAUAUCAAGCUGACAUUGAUGCGAAUCGAGAUUAUAAAGAGGAGGCGAAAAGCAAUGGAGAAGUAUUUGAGGAAUGAUAUUGUUGAUCUUCUGAGAAACGGGUUUGUUGCUGAUGCUUAUCAUAGGGCUGCGGGACUAUAUCUUGACCAAAAUCGGUCAUUAUGUUAUGAUUUCAUCGAGCAAUUUUGUAUGCUGAUCAUAAACCAUCUCACAGUCAUGAAUGAUCAGAGUGAAUGCCCAGAAGAAUGCAGGGAAGCAGUCUCAUCGUUGAUCUAUGCUGCUGCAAGAAUUGCUGAUUUGCCGGAAUUGCGCGAACUUAGGAGCUUGUUUACCGAGAGAUAUGGCAAUUCACCCGAAGCUUUUAUCAACAAAGAGUUUAUGAAUUUGUUUAAAAAGGAGCGCCCAACACAUGACAUGAAGAUUCACUUGAUGCAAGAGAUUACGUUAGAACAUGGUGUAGAAUGGGACCCCAAUUCACUAGAACAAAGUUCAAACAAGCCACCCUCAUCCAUCGACUCCCAAAACAUGUAUGGUGAUGGAGACAAUGAAGAAUCUCAUGGAACCCACAAUGAAAAUGGCUUGAGGAUAAAAGUUCAAGAGACAGGACACCACGAGGGGUCAAACGGUGAAAUUGAAAAACAAACGGAUCAAAUGCGUAAACGAAUUUUAGAUUACUGGUCAAGGACCACUAGUCUAUUCUCAACUAGCCGAGAAACUAGCACAAGUUCAGACGAUAGUUCUUCUGAUGAUUCAAGUAAAGGAAGAUCAUUCUUUGGAUUAAGACAAAAACAUAACGGUAACAAGGAGAACCAAGAGGUUUCAAAUAAUUCAAAUAUUCAAAUUUUAGACAAUAAUGCCACAUUACCACCAGGUGAGAAAAACACACGACGAAGAAAACGUGGGCCCCUGUCACGAGUGAAAUCACAUUCCACUGAAUGUGUGCCAAAUCCAUUAGCAAAGAAAGGGCAUGUGCGAACGGUUUCAGAUGUAACCAAUAAUCCACCAAGGGGACAUGUUCAUCCAAAACUCCCUGAUUAUGAUGAAAUAAAAUCUCGAUUUGCAGCCCUUAGAGCAAAAACUUAAGAGCAAUGGUUGAAGUUAUGUACAUAUGCAUAAACUCUUUCUUCCUUAUAGGUGUGUCUUAUAUUCAUUACCUAACUUCUUAGAUGUUUGCUUUAGUGCGAGGUCUCACUUGAAGUUGUCAUUAUGUUUAAAAGAUUCAUAUGGUGUAAAUAAUAUAACUUAUAAUAAAAUAAUGCCAAGUGAAUAAGUGUUUGUUGUAACUUAUGUAGUCUCGUUAUCACGUGGAUGAUUUUUUAAA